AAAUUGCUGCGUUUGAGAAUCCACAUCGGAUGCAUCUGAGAUGUAAAAAAUCUUUGAUCACGUGAUUCAGUAUACGUAAAUGUAAUGGGACAGAUGUGUCCGAUGUGGAUAAAAAAACGCUCGAGAUGUAAAAAAUGCAUCCGAUGUGGAUUCUCAAACGCAGCAUAUGCAUCCGAUGUGGAUUCUCAAACGCGGCAAAAGUUGCAUCGGUGAAACAGCGAUUCCAACAAACCGAUAAAAAAAAGACAGGCAAUGCCACUCGCUUUGAGCAAUCUAUAAAAUUAUUAUAUCAAUAGGGAGUUUUAGCAAACAGCCGCUAACCAUCCGCUAACGUUACCUUAGGGAUAGACUGUAAUCUACUCCGUUCAAUCUUUAUGAAAAAGGUCACAAUCUAAGUUUAACGUAACGUUAGCGGAAAUCUUACGUACAUUUGCUAAAACUCUCUAUUGACCCUGUGAAAGCUCUCCAAUUUUGACAGAUCUGACAGAUCAUUUGAAUGGAAUAACAAAAUGAAAAUAACCUUUUCUUGAAUAUUUUGUACAGCUUAAAUAUUAGUUAAUAUUAAUUAUUACUAACGGUGAUUAUAAUGCCAAAAGUGGUUUCAAGAAGUAUUGCUUGUUCUGACACCAAAGAUCAAGAGGAAUAUGGCGAUGAAAAACCUCUCCAUAUCUAUUAUUGUUUAUGUGGCCAAAUGACCUUAAUUUUGGAUUGUUCAAUAGAAAAACUUCCUCUUCGAAAAAGAGAUGCAGCUAGAGUUUUAGAUGGAACGAAUCAUGCCCAUAAAAUUACUUGUGAUCAGGAUGAAACUGUAUAUAUUAGGAGACCCGAAGGAAUUGAAAGGCAAUACAGAAUGAAGUGUAAAAAAUGUGGCUUGCUUUUAUACUAUAAACACGAACCCCAGAGUCAUAUUAGUUUUGUAGUAAAAGGUUCGUUAAUAAAGAGCACAAAUGAAGGCCCUAUUAACAACAUAUAUAACCAGGUGGCUAUAGAAAAACCAAAGAAAAUAAUGGUUACUAAACAUACAAAGAAUAUGGGCAAGUUUAGUUCGGUUACAGUCUCCACUAUUGAUGAAGAAGAAGAUGAAAUUGAAGCUAGAGAAGUUGCUGAUAGUUACGCUAAUAACGCCAGGAUUAUAGAAAAGCAAUUAGAGAGAAAAGGAAUGAACAAAAGAAAGCAAGAUCAAAACAAAGUGAAUGAUAUAAAGAAAGUGCGGGGAACAUUAAUUGACAAAUAAAUGUUUUAUUUUUAUAGUACUAUUAAUUCUAACCUCUUCUUACAACUAAACAGUUUAAUGGCUACAUAACAACAUGGUUUUCUUUCAAUAUCAAUUUAAAUAUAC